AUGUUUCUUUUUUUGUCUUUAUAGCUAAUUCCUUUUAUCAAUACUGUGCUUAAGGAGCCUAAGUUACAAAGUGGACCAUUAUUUUAUCAAAUAGCAGAAAUGCUGAAUUCUUGGGAAGCUAAAGCAGAGUGCUCCAGUCAUGACGGCACAGAUGAAGUUUUCCAGAAACUCUUGUCAGAAUUUUGGGACCAUCUUUUAAAAAUGUGUAUACUUCAUGUUGAUAGGUUGGAUGCUGAUGAGAAAUCACUGUUUGCCAUAUCUGGUAUGCUAGAAAUUCUUCAGAAUCCAAAGACAGCUACAAAACCAAACAACAGAAAAUCUCUAAAAAUCAGAUUUGCAGAUGAGGAUGAAUCUGAAAGGAACACAGAGAAUCAAAAGCUCAUGGAAGUGAGAACUGGUGACUCUGAAAUUCAGGCUCACUUGCAGCAAACUUCACAUCUAAGGAAAGAACCUCUAGAGAACUUGGUCUGCAACCUUGCUGAGCUGAGCAUUGUCUAUGUCAAUGAACAGAAGUCAGAACAGCAUUUGAAAUUCCUCUCUGCCCUGCUCAACUCAUUUUCCUCAAACAGAGUUUUCCAAGUACUUUUGGAGCAGGGAAAUGAUGAAAGUUCUGCUCAAGCUGAAUCCCAAAAUGAAAUGAAAGCUCAUAACCAAAGUCCAUCUGUACAGUUUCUGUAUAUGAAUUUAAUAACUUGGCUGAAAGAAGACUGGAGGAAAGACACCCAUUUCUUGGUUGAUAUUUUAUACAGUGUACUUCAUUGUUGCAACAGUAAUGAUGAAAGAAAAGUAAUUCUUGAUGAUUUAGCAAAGAUGGAUCUGAAAUGGAUUAUUUUUCUCCAGAUAAUUCAAAAGGCAUGCUCAAGCACAGCAAAACUUUCCUUAAUCUCUGACUGGCUGAAGGGAGACACGCUUGGAGAAAGACUGGUGAUGCUGGCAGAUGAUCUGUGUCACCUGGGUUUGAAGCCUAGAGCAGCCUCAUCAGAAUCAGCCUCUUCAGAAAGGUGGACCCUCCUGAGCUUGGUGUUGUCGCAGCAUGUUAAAAAUGAAUCCUUGAUUGGUGAAACUUUUGUUGAAAGGAUUAUUGAUAAACUUCAGGCAGCCCUGUCUAAAGCAAAGGAUCUUUCUGAAGCUGGAAAUACUGAACCAUCAGUAUCUUUCAUCUGUGAUGUGGCCUCGAGCUUUUUCAGCUCAGUGAAAGGGUGUUUACUGAUGCCAUCCUCAGAAGACCUGCUCCUUACCAUCUUCCAGCUGUGUGCUCAGAGGCAGGAUGCAACACACCUGACAGAUUUACUCAUAUGCAAAUUAAAACACACUUGGGUGUCUGGUGUAAAUUCGCUUGUACAUCAGCUUCAGAGCACUCAGAAGCAGAGCACCUUUUUGCUUAAAGCUGCACUGUGGGUGAAGAACCAAGUUCAGUCUUCCUCUUUGGAUGUUAAAAGUCUUCAGGUUUUGAUCUCUGCAGUCAGUGAUUUGUUGUUGACACUCAUGGAAGCUGAAGGACAGUCUGGGUAUCUUGUGAGAACUUAUGUGGAGCAUGUCACACCAAACAAAACUGAGUGGGGGAAAUUGCACGAGUCUCUGUGCUCUGAGUGGAUGCACAAGCCCCUUUUGGAAGGAAGGCUUAGUAUGAAUUGUGAACCUCUGGGAUCAAGUGUCAAGCUGUGUGGCACAACUAAACUUCCAGGCCAUCUGUGUACUUCAGCUGCAUUAAGUAAAAUGAUACUACUUGAACUGGAAAAUAGUGUAGUCCAUGGAAAUGAUGAUGUUGAAAGAAAGAAAAUUGAUAAUAUAAUUGCAGAACUGUURUACUCAUUACAAUGGAUUGAAGAAYUKGASAAUCCUCCUURUCUGCUUCUGGAAUAUCUUCAUAUGUUGGAAGAGAUGCACAUCACAUAUGAGAAGUUCAGUACUCUGAGUAGUACAGCUAGCCUGCAGCAAACUUUAUUUGACAGAUCAGAGGAACAUGGAAGACUCUGGUCCUUAACCAUGGCCAAAGUGAUCCGUGCUGAGAGUGCUGUAUCCUGGGAAAGGAAAGAGCUUUUCAAGACAACAGAAGGGUUCCUUCCAUUAACAGAGGGCAGAUUGCAUACACUCCAGUGUUUAUCACCUGUCUUAAUUGAGGAAGAAAAGAGAGAACUUGUCUUCCAUUGUGUGGCCAAACUUAUGACAUGCACACAGACCGAGCUUUCCAGCACUGAUGGAGCAUUUGGGUGUCUUUCCAUUUUGAACUCCUGCCUGAAGGACAGGAGUAUUGAUUGUGAUCAUCUAUUACCUGCAAUACUGAAAAUCAUAAUAUCUUGGAAAAACGAUAAUGAGGACAGCUUUCUCUUUAGCUGCAAUCUGAAAGAAACAAGUGCUCAGUUGCUUGGUUUCAACAUUGAGAUGAUGCGUUACCUUCCCUUGUUGCUGAAAUAUUCCACAGCUCCUUUGGCUGAUGAYGAGUGGGACUUUUUGAUGUGCUCCAUGCUGGCUUGGUUAGAGACAACAAACGAAAGCUGUUUGCUUUAUCAUGUCCCGCUUGUGCAGAUUUUUGCUUGUGUCAGUUGUGACUUGGCAUCUGCCCUUAGUGCUUUCUUUGAGACUGCAGCUCCUGACACUACUGCAAAUCUUCCUAAGAACUUGGUCAGUGAAUGGAAAGAAUUCUUUUCUGAGGGAAUUCACAAUUUGCUGCUACCUUUGUUGGUGAAAAUCACAGGAGAAACCAAAACUGCAUCAGAAGGCUCUUUUCAGAACUCUAUGUUAACAUCUUUGGGUGAAGCUCUAACUUACAUCUCAAAGGAGCAGUUGUUAAACCAUAAGCUGCCACCRAAGUUUGUUGCAGGCCAGAAGACAAAUCUUCCAGAUAAACUCCAGACUCUGCUGAACACACUCUCUCCACUGUUGCUUUCCCGGGCUCGACCUGUGCAGGUUUCUGUCUACCAUAUGYUGCAUAAAUUAAUGCCUGAAUUGCCUAAAUUUGAUGAUGAAGAUCUCAAAUCCUAUGGUGAYGAAGAGGACGAAUUGGCAUUGUCACCUCCAGCAGCUCUUAUGUCUAUCCUGGCCACUCAAGAGCUCUUGCUAGAAAACAUCCUGGAAUGCAUUCCGGUUGGAGAAUUUGCAGUUAUUCAGCCCCUGAGUGAUGAGUUCUGCCUUGUUCUAGGAUAUCUUCUCAUUUGGAAGUUAAUAUUAGCUUUCUUUAAGGCAGCUUCUUCUCAGCUGCGAGUUCUCUACUCACAAUACCUUAGAAGAACUAAAAGCCUGAAUAAACUGCUUUAUCACUUGUUCAGGCUUAUGCCUGAAAACCCUGUCUUUYCUGGGCAAACUUCAGAAGUUCCAAAUAAGGACACAAAAACCUUCUUUACUGAAGAGCUUCAGUUAGAUGUCAAAGGGACAGGGGUGCUGUCAUCCCAGAUCCCACACUUGGCCUGCUCUGUGUACCAUAUGACUCUGAAAGACCUGCCAGCCAUGGUGAGGCUGUGGUGGAAUAGCUGUGAGAAACGUGUCUUCAAUGUUGUGGAUAAAUUCACAAGCAAAUAUGUCAGUGGUGUGCUCUCCUCCCAGGAAAUAUCUUCUGUUCAGACUAGCACACAGCUAUUUAAUGGCAUGACAGUAAAAGCUCGGUCUGCAGCACGAGAAGUCAUUGCAACCUAUUCUGUUGAUGAUAUCUUUAUUGAGCUAAUUAUACAGCUUCCCUCAAAUUAUCCACUGGGAUCCAUUACAGUUGAGAGUGGAAAGAGGGUUGGUGUGGCYGUACAGCAGUGGCGCAAUUGGAUGCUACAGUUAAGCACUUAUCUCACACAUCAGAAUGGAAGUAUUAUGGAAGGCUUAUCUUUGUGGAAAAAUAAUGUGGAUAAACGUUUUGAAGGCGUUGAAGAUUGUAUGAUCUGUUUUUCAGUCAUUCAUGGUUCAAACUAYUCUCUUCCCAAAAAAGCUUGCAGAACGUGCAAGAAGAAGUUUCAUUCAGCUUGCUUGUACAARUGGUUCUCAUCCAGCAACAAAUCCACCUGUCCACUCUGUCGAGAGACAUUCUUGUGAAACAAAACGGCCUUCUUUCUGUGAGCUAAAUAACAAAUGAAGAGCAGGCAAUAAACUGUAUGUUGAAAGAAGCUAACUAUUUGGAAAUAAUGUCAGUUACUUCAAAUUCUUCACUAGUGGUAUAUGAUACAUAUUUACCUCUGGACUGGUUUUUUGUAAGUUUGAAGAUUCUUCUUUGAUAUAAAGAAAUAUAUAACGAUAAUUUAUUUUAAUUGGUAUAUUUCUAAGAUAUAUUAAAAGUUUCAGAAAUAAUGCAGAGUUAUGUUUGAAAUGUGGUGUUCAAGCCACAGCAUAGUUGAUUAAAACCUCUUAUUUUAGGCAUAUUCUAACAUGGUGUUAUGUAAUUAACCCAGAUGAUACCUCUUAAUAUAACAGCUGAAUAUAACAUAGGUGGUAUAAAGACUUGAUUUUUGAUUAUAAUGCAUUCAUAAUAGUCCCUUUUCUUGGGGGAAAAAGAAUGUUGUUGCUGUUAGACAUUAAGGCAUGAAACUAUGGUGAUAAUCUGUUAAAGCAUAAAAUUAAAACAGUCUGUUCUAGUAAGCUGAACUUUCACCUUUCAAAGUUCUUUUUUCCCAAAGCUCCUCAGCCAUCCARUGGCCUACAAUCAUGAAAACCCAGAAGCCCAACUAAGUAGAGAGAGCACAAUCAUCCCUGCAUGACAAUGAAUGACACCAUCUACUUAUGGCUGUUGGCUUUUAAAGAGAAGGCAGAURCAGUGAUCAGUCUUUGUCUUCAUGAGCUGGCAAAUUAGCUAUCACUGGAUGGCCACUGUACUUCAGCUUCCUCAAAGUGACAUGCAGAUGUAUCAGAAUUUAAUAGCCUUCAACUAUACAUUUUUUUCAUGCCUUUUUUUUUUAACAGUGGUAGCAUACUAGUAUAUUCCAACUUGGACUAGUAUAUUCCAUCUUGGAUGGUGGUGGGUUUCUUUGAAAAGUCAAUAAAAACGGGGAAUAAAUAAAUAAAUUUUGUCAAUCUCUGUA